AGCUUCCGGUGACGUAGUACGCAUACCAAGGACGCAUUCAUGCGCUGACUGCCUGAUCUAACGAUAAAAAGUACAUUGCCUAAUGGAGGCUGUCACAGCACUAAAAAACAUGGGCUUACUACCAGAGCUUGGCAGUGAUGAGGAAGGAAACAAUAAGUUGUUACAGCAGGCCCAGCAGGUGUGGAACAUGCUGGAUGACCUGGCAGACAAUGACCCCCAAGGAUACCAACGUUUUAUCCAGAAACAGACAGCAGACUACAAAGAGAUGACUGCACCACCUCAGCCAUAUAUGUGUGUCAAGACUCAUUUCCAGGCAGGGGAGGCUUUGUACGUCAACAUCAUGUCCUGGGCCAGAAUUCCAGCACCAAAGUCACAACAUGACAACAUUCCACUCUUUGCAGCUCCAGUAAUGGAUGACAAGAAAGGAGAAAGAAAAGAAAUAGCCACAGUUUCCAUAACAACAAACCCGCAAGUGCUGAAAGACUGUGCCAAGGAUAGAUCCCAGAGACCAUGGAAAGAGAGUGAAGACUCUGUUCUAACACAGCUGUCAAAGAUCACUGUAUGUGCAGAUGGUGCCAGCAAUGGGCAAAAGUUGACACCCACAGGCCUCAACACUAAUACAAAUAAGAAAGUACUCAUUGAGGAGAUAGAAGUUACUGAGAAUCUAAUCACUCCCAAGUAUGACCUGCAUAUUUCCGAAGCAUCAAAUACCUUAGUCUUGACGGUUCAUCUGCCGCAUGUGACAUCAGUGUCGCAGUGUCAACUGGAUGUUUCUCAGGAUGAUGUGAAGCUGCAAGUGUCAGACAAAAACUACCUGUCUGUUACCUUUCCUGUUGUUGUCGAUGACACUAAAGCGUUAGCUCGCUUCAGCAAGAAGUUAUCAACGCUGACCCUGCAUGUGCCAGUUGUAGCAGAAAAAAUAUCCCCUGACCACAUAUUAUUGUUGUGCCAAAAACCUUAUGCAUGAACCCAAUAUAUAAGUUACAGCAUAUAACUGUGUGAUUUUAUUUUACUGUUCGCGUGGCAAGCAUUCAGGUUGAUUCUUUUUAAGCGAUUGAUGCAGAGUGUUUUGAUGUUGAGAUGUCACAGUAAAGGCAGGCCUGAUAUGGCUGACAUUGUGAUUCACUAGGACUCUAAGGUUACAAUGACUAUUAAUAACAUGCUCUGAUAAGAAUUGUGUUCAUGGAACAAUAUUUCUAUCUGCAAAAGUUAGGCUCUGCACUAAAGAUUGUGUGUUGAGUUUCCAUAAAAAACAACAUAAUCACUUUCAGCUACAUUACCAAACAAAACUUCAUGGAUGUAUUGAGGAAUCCAUGCAAUAGCAAGGUUCUAGAGUGCAUCUGUGCUGAUGGCAUUCACUUUCUUCUUUAUGAAUAGCUACACUAAUCGGAAAGCAAAAUGAAGUCUUUGCUUACCAUAGUUACAUUUUCGUAAACAUUGUCUGUGCUGACAUUCCUGCUCCCACUUGUCAAUGAUUGCCGACAUGGUGAAGGACGGUUGAAUUUUAAAUAUCUGGUCCAGCCAUUCUUGCUCAAAGUUGUAUCAUAAACAAACAGGCAAAUAAA